AUGGAGAUCAAAGCUGGAAAGGACGACAUAAACAUCAGUGCACCAAGUCUAGGAAAAUUGAUAGUCUUCUAUUUACUCAUAAGCUUUGUUGGCUUGUUUGCCAUUAUUCCGAUGAGGAAGACCAUGAUCAUCCGCCAUCGGCUAACAUAUGCAACUGGCACAGCUACAGCACACCUCAUCAACAGCUUCCAUACCCCCCAAGGAGUUCAGCAAGCAAGCUUCUACUUUAAUUUUUCCGCAACUUACGUUGGUGUUGGAAUGAUCUGCCCAACAGUGGUAAGUAUUUCCAUGCUUGCUGGUAGCAUCCUCUCCUCGGGAAUCAUGUUGCCCUACAUUGAAUCCAAGAAAGGAGUAUGGUACAAUUCAGAAUACAAGGAAAGCAGUAUGAUGGGCAUCUACGGGUACAAGGUGCUGAUCUCCCUAGCAAUGAUGCUUGGGGAUGGUUUAUUCCAGCUUCUCCUCAUACCAUUCAAAGCAAUGAGGAAUUUACGUAGUAAACAACAACAGCUAGCAGCAACAACCAUUGCCUUCAGGAGUGUGGAUGCCAUAAGACGCACUGCCCUUAGCUUUGAUGAUCGCCGCAGGACACAUAUAUUUCUCAAAGAUAACAUUCCCUUCUCCUAUGCCAUCAUUGGCUACACUAUACUGGCAAUCAUUUCUACAAUUGCAAUUCCACACAUCUAUUUCCAGCUAAAAUAUCAGCACAUCAUCGUUGCUUACAUAGUUGCCCCUCUCCUGGCAUUCUGCAAUGCCUAUGGUACUGGUAUCACAGACCUAAACCUCUACAAUCAGUAUGCAAAGAUUGUGAUCAUGAUAUUUGGGUUCUGGAUCACUGCUGCAAAGGGUGGGGUGAUUGGUGGUCUUGUGAUUUGUGUAAUCAUGACGCUAAUCAUCAGCACAGCUGGGGACUUCAUGCAAGAUCUCAAGACUGGCUAUCUCACACUCACCUCGCCAAGUUUAAUACUUCUAGCGUGGAACAAGGUCGACGCCGAAGAUGCGAAUAUUCUUGCGUCGGUAGUGGCAUCCGGACUGAUAUGUGGCGAAGGGAUAUUUGCAAUACCGGACUCAUUGCUGGGGAUCUACAAUGUCACUCCACCAAUGUGCAUAAGGUUCUUGGCUUCAGAUGUGAAUGAGAAGGUAGACGCGUUCCUAGCAAAACAAGCUCCCUAA